GUCAGUGGCUACAUAUUAAACCAUUUUGUACAGUGCACCUGGUAUCAGUUCAUUCGGCACAUACUGAAUUACCUGUUCGUUACCUGGCCGGGAAGGAACUUUGUUUUUUGAGGAUUAACUGGGGGAGGGGGUCCCCCAAUUUAAAACACGCAGGGUUGGCCGUUGGUAUGUGAGAUAUACAACACAUAUGCACAUUUUCUGUAACGUUCCCAUAGUGAGGCAUUCUCGCACCCUACUGCUUUAGAAGGGGUUCUGGGAGCUGUAGUUCAGCGGCAGCGCUGAAGCCUAAAAUGACAACGUUGCAUUCUAGGAGAGAGCUCCUGUAGGCGCCCGGACGCAUUAUCAGCACAAAUCCACGUAACAUUACUGUCCCCAGCAGCGCACGUCCGUUUACUUUUUGGGAACGGGACUGUUAUCUGUCCAUGACAUGUUGCUCCUGCCUGGGAGCUAUGUAGGCUUUAUGUCUGGGUUAAGUCGUGUAACAUGAAUGAACUGAUAAGUAUAUAACAUGUCUCCACCCUUGUAUUUUCCUCCCUUUUUUUUUUUUUUUUUUUACAAUAUGAAACUGUAAAGGAAAAUGGCUGACGUCUCUGCUCUCCCCCCAUCCUGUCUGGGGCUGACUGAGAAUGAUCUAACACUCCUCCUCUUCCUCUCGCCGCCUCCUCCAUAGGCCAUUGCUGACCGAACUCUUCCUCCUUUUUGCCCGUUCUGCCCCCAUUUUUUUUCCUGUUUCUAUAUUAACCCGUGCUUGUCCACUCCUGUAUUGAGGAGGCUGGGGCCACACACCUGUGGCCUCCAUAACCCUUACAUUCGACUCUAUGUAGCCAACAAUUAGCCGAGCAGUUCCACUUUUAUUUCUAUCCCUCCCACUGCCCUCUUUUCUCCUCCCCCAUUUCUGUCUUCUCUUCUGCUUUCUGCCAAGCGCCAUUAUUGAGGUGGAGUGAUUGGAAGGGGUGGGUGGGGAAAGCCGAGAGACAUGUAGGCCCUGCCUGCAGUUCAAGGCCUCUGCCUAAUUUAUUUAAAUGCCUGCGCUACUUCAACUUACACGAACAACCUAACAGUGCUUGUUUCAAAUACCGGCCGCUCCCAUCUCUCUCACCUGUUUCCCUUGCCACAAUAAAGCCAACAUGCCCCUAAAAUAAAGACGGAAGCUGCUGGAAAUGUUAUGCAAUGGUCUCUGCAAAAAACUUUAUGCUUGAGGUGGAGCUUCGUAAGAAAAACUUAUGCUGGCUCAACAUUAAGAGGACUAUAAUUUUUUUACUUGCUACAGCUACAUAAGCAGACAAAAUUGCAAAGAUCUGCCCUGUGUCGAGUAUGACAGCCACGACUCGUGGCUCUCCUGUAGGAGGGAAUGAAAGCCAGGGCCAAGCACCUGAUGGACAGUCCCAACCUCCACUCCAGCAGAAUCAGACUUCCUCACCUGAUUCUUCCAAUGAAAAUUCUCCAGUCAGCCCUCCAGGUGAGCAUGGCCAGGAUGGGGAUGCUCCACCUCAGCUUGAAGAUGAGGAACCAGCUUUUCCUCACACUGACUUGGCCAAGUUAGAUGACAUGAUCAACAGACCUCGCUGGGUUGUACCAGUUUUGCCUAAAGGUGAAUUAGAAGUUCUUCUAGAAGCUGCUAUUGAUCUUAGUAAAAAAGGCCUUGAUGUGAAAAGUGAAGCAUGUCAACGAUUCUUUCGAGAUGGGCUUACAAUAUCCUUUACUAAAAUUCUUACUGAUGAGGCAGUAAGUGGCUGGAAGUUUGAAAUUCAUAGGUGUAUUAUUAACAACACUCAUCGCCUUGUUGAACUUUGUGUGGCAAAGCUGUCCCAAGAUUGGUUUCCUCUUCUUGAACUUCUUGCUAUGGCCUUAAAUCCUCAUUGUAAAUUCCAUAUCUACAAUGGUACACGUCCAUCAGAAACCGUUCCUGCCGGAGUACAGUUGGCAGAAGAUGAGCUUUAUGCCCGUCCUCCUGAUCCACGUUCACCAAAGGGUUGGUUAGUAGAUCUCAUCAAUAAAUUUGGCACAUUAAAUGGUUUCCAGAUCUUGCAUGAUCGGUUUAUGAAUGGCUCAGCAUUGAAUGUCCAGAUCAUUGCAGCUCUAAUAAAGUCGUUUGGACAGUGCUAUGAUUUUUUAACCCUUCACACAGUUAAGAAAUACUUCCUUCCAGUUAUAGAAAUGGUUCCACAGUUCCUAGAAAAUUUAACAGAUGAUGAGUUGAAAAAAGAAGCAAAAAAUGAAGCCAAAAACGAUGCUCUAUCCAUGAUAAUAAAAUCCCUAAAGAGUCUAGCUUCUCGAGUACCAGGUCAAGAAGAAACUGUCAAAAACUUAGAAAUAUUUAGGCUAAAAAUGAUUCUUAGAUUGUUACAAAUUUCUUCCUUUAAUGGAAAAAUGAAUGCACUUAACGAAGUCAACAAAGUGAUAUCUAGUGUAUCAUAUUAUACGCACAGACAUGGAAAUCCAGAGGAGGAGGAAUGGUUGACUGCAGAGCGUAUGGCAGAGUGGAUCCAACAAAACAGCAUCUUGUCAAUUGUUUUGCGGGAUAGCCUUCAUCAACCACAGUAUGUAGAGAAGUUGGAGAAGAUUCUGCGGUUUGUGAUAAAAGAAAAAGCAUUAACAUUGCAAGAUCUAGACAAUAUUUGGGCAGCUCAGGCAGGCAAACAUGAAGCCAUUGUAAAGAAUGUCCAUGACCUCCUUGCAAAGUUAGCUUGGGAUUUUUCUCCAGAACAACUUGACCACCUGUUCGAUUGUUUCAAGGCAAGUUGGACAAACGCAAGCAAAAAACAACGUGAGAAACUCCUUGAAUUGAUCCGAAGGUUGGCAGAGGAUGACAAGGAUGGUGUAAUGGCUCAUAAAGUAUUAAACCUCCUUUGGAAUUUGGCACAUAGUGAUGAUGUACCAGUUGAUAUCAUGGACCAGGCACUAAAUGCCCAUAUAAAAAUUUUGGAUUAUAGCUGUUCGCAGGUUGGUAAAGAUCGAGAUACUCAAAAGAUUCAAUGGAUAGAUCGAUUUAUAGAAGAGCUUCGUACAAAUGAAAAGUGGGUAAUUCCUGCACUUAAGCAAAUUAGAGAGAUUUGCAGUUUGUUUGGUGAAGCACCACAGAAUUUAAGUCAAACUCAGCGCAGUCCUCAUGUGUUUUACCGUCAUGAUUUAAUUAACCAACUUCAGCACAAUCAUGCUCUUGUUACUUUGGUGGCUGAGAAUCUCUCCUCGUACAUGGACAGUAUGCGACAGUACUUAAAAGAACAUGGAGAAUAUGAUCCACAAACUGUGAGACCAGGAAGUCGAUAUAGCCAUGUACAGGAGGUCCAAGAAAGACUAAAUUUUUUGAGAUUCUUACUAAAGGAUGGCCAACUUUGGCUUUGUGCACCACAAGCAAAACAGAUAUGGAAGUGCUUAGCUGAAAAUGCUGUCUACCUUUGUGACCGUGAAGCCUGUUUUAAGUGGUACUCCAAACUUAUGGGAGAUGAGCCGGACUUGGAUCCAGACAUAAAUAAAGAUUUCUUUGAAAACAACGUGCUGCAAUUGGAUCCUUCCCUUUUGACAGAAAAUGGCAUGAAAUGCUUUGAACGUUUUUUUAAAGCUGUAAACUGUCGAGAAGGAAAACUUGUUGCAAAACGGCGAGCUUACAUGAUGGAUGACUUGGAACUCAUAGGACUUGAUUACCUGUGGAGGGUUGUCAUUCAAAGUAGUGAUGAUAUUGCAAGCCGAGCAAUAGAUCUUCUUAAAGAAAUUUACACAAACCUUGGGCCCAGGCUGCAAGUCAAUCAGGUGGAGAUCCAUGAAGAUUUCAUUCAGUCUUGCUUUGAUCGUUUGAAAGCCUCAUAUGACACACUGUGUGUACUAGAUGGUGACAAAGACAGUGUUAACUGUGCAAGGCAAGAGGCAAUUCGAAUGGUCAGAGUAUUGACUGUUUUAAAAGAAUAUAUAAAUGAAUGUGAUAGCGACUACCACGAAGAGCGAACAAUUCUUCCAAUGUCAAGGGCAUUUCGUGGGAAGCACAUCACUUUGGUAGUAAGGUUUCCAAAUCAGGGACGGCAAGUGGAGGAUUUGGACAUAUGGUCUCACACAAAUGACACAAUAGGCUCUGUGCGGCGUUGUAUACUUAAUCGAAUCAAAGCAAAUAGUGCACAUACAAAAGUUGAACUCUUUAUUGGUGGAGAAUUGAUAGAUCCGUCAGAAGAUAGGAAACUGAUUGGACAAUUAAAUCUCAAAGAUAAAACUUUAAUAACAGCCAAACUUACCCAGAUAAGUGCAAAUAUGCCUUCAAGCCCUGACAGCUCAUCAGACUCUUCAACUGGAUCUCCCGGAAAUCAUGGAAACCAUUAUAGUGAUGGUCCCAAUCCAGAAGUAGAAAGUUGCCUACCUGGUGUGGUAAUGUCCUUACAUCAUAGGUAUAUAUCUUUUCUUUGGCAAGUUGCAGACUUGGGCAGCAGCUUAAAUAUGCCACCUCUGCGUGAUGGUGCACGAGUCCUCAUGAAACUUAUGCCACCAGAUAACACUAUAGUAGAAAAACUCAGAGCAAUCUGUUUAGAUCAUGCAAAACUUGGAGAAAGUAGCCUAAGUUCUUCUCUAGAUUCCCUUUUCUUUGGUCCUUCUGCUUCUCAAGUUCUUUACCUGACUGAGGUAGUGUAUGCCUUAUUAAUGCCUGCCAAUGCCCCCCUUGGAGAAGAUGCAUGUGAUUUCCAAUACAACUUUUUAAAGAGUGGCGGUUUGCCACUUGUUUUAAGCAUGCUGACCCGGAAUAAUUUCCUACCAAAUGCUGACAUGGAAACAAGGAGAAGUGCCUAUCUUAAUGCCCUGAAAGUCGCCAAAUUGCUGCUUACUGCUAUUGGCUAUGGCCAUGUUCGUGCUGUUGCAGAAGCCUGCCAACCUGUUGUGGAAGGCACAAACCCUGUUUCACCGGCAACGCAUGAUCAAGCAGUGGUUCUUCAAAAUGCCCUUCAGAACAUUCCUAAUCCAACUUCAGAGUGUAUGUCGAGAAAUGUUGCGAUUCGGCUUGCACAACAAAUUUCUGAUGAGGCUUCUAAAUACAUCCCUGAUAUUUGUGUUAUAAGAGCAAUACAAAAAAUCAUAUGGGCAUCUGGUUGUGGAUCUGUCCAGCUGGUAUUUUCAGCCAACGAGGAAAUAAGUAAAAUUUAUGAAAAGACAAAUGCUGGAAAUGAGCCAGAUCCAGAAGAUGAACAAGUUUGCUGUGAAGCUCUAGAAGCUAUGACACUUUGUUUUGCUUUGAUUCCAACAGCAUUAGAAGCUCUGAGUAAAGAAAAAGCAUGGCAGACUUUCAUCAUUGACUUGCUUUUGCACUGUCAGAGCAAACUUGUGAGACAAAUGGCUCAGGAACAAUUUUUUCUCAUGGCUACAAGAUGUUGCAUGGGACAUAGACCAUUGAUCUUCUUUAUUACUCUUCUGUUUACGGUGCUUGGGAGUACUGCCAGAGAGAGAGCAAAACAUGCUGGUGACUAUUUUACUUUACUGAGGCAUCUUUUAAACUAUGCAUUCAACAGCAACAUUAACAUCCCCAAUGCAGAAGUUCUGCUCAACAAUGAGAUUGACUGGCUAAAAAGGAUUAGAGAUGAUGUAAAGAGAACAGGUGAAACUGGUAUUGAGGAGACAAUCUUGGAAGGCCAUCUAGGAGUAACAAAAGAAUUGCUAGCAUUUCAGACUCCAGAAAAGAAAUACCAUAUUGGAUGUGAAAAAGGAGGGGCAAACCUUAUCAAGGAGUUGAUAGAUGACUUCAUAUUUCCAGCAUCCAAUGUUUAUUUGCAGUACAUAAAAAGUGGAGAGUUGCCAGCUGAACAAGCUAUUCCCGUGUGUAGUUCUCCUGCUACCAUCAAUGCAGGGUUUGAGUUGCUAGUAGCUUUAGCAGUGGGAUGUGUUCGGAACCUCCGGCAGAUUGUGGAUACGUUAAACGACAUGUAUUACACAGGUUGUGAAGCACUUACUGAAUGGGAGUAUCUGCCUCCUGUUGGGCCAAGGCCGCCAAAAGGCUUUGUUGGAUUAAAAAAUGCUGGCGCUACUUGCUACAUGAACUCUGUUAUCCAGCAAUUGUACAUGAUUCCUGCCAUCCGAAAUGGAAUUCUUGCUGUUGAAGGCACAGGUAGUGAUGUUGAUGACGACAUGUCUGGGGAUGAGAAGCAAGACAACGAGAGCAAUGUUGAUCCGCGAGAUGAAGUGUUUGGCUACCCUCACCAAUAUGAUGACAAGCCUUCUCUCAGUAAAACAGAGGACAGAAAAGAGUACAAUAUUGGUGUGCUUAGGCAUUUACAGGUUAUCUUUGGCCAUUUAGCUGCUUCCAGAUUACAGUACUACGUACCAAGAGGCUUUUGGAAACAGUUCAGGCUUUGGGGAGAACCUGUUAAUCUUCGGGAACAACAUGAUGCUUUAGAGUUUUUUAACUCUCUGGUUGACAGUUUAGAUGAAGCUUUAAAAGCCUUAGGUCAUCCAUCUAUGUUGAGUAAAGUUUUAGGUGGAUCGUUUGCUGAUCAAAAAAUUUGCCAAGGAUGCCCACAUAGGUACGAAUGUGAGGAAUCAUUCACCACCCUGAAUGUAGAUAUUAGAAACCACCAAAACCUUCUAGAUUCAAUGGAGCAGUAUGUCAAAGGAGAUCUUUUAGAAGGAGCAAAUGCUUAUCAUUGUGAGAAGUGCAACAAAAAGGUUGACACAGUGAAGCGUUUGCUCAUCAAGAAGCUGCCUCCUGUUCUAGCAAUCCAGUUGAAGCGAUUUGAUUAUGACUGGGAAAGGGAAUGUGCAAUCAAGUUCAACGACUAUUUUGAGUUUCCAAGAGAGCUUGACAUGGAGCCAUACACCGUGGCAGGAGUGGCCAAGUUGGAAGGAAAUGAUGUGAACCCAGAAAAUCAGGUCAUACCCAAUGAACAAACUGAAAAUGAACCUGCUGUUAGUACUAAAUACAGACUAGUAGGAGUGUUGGUGCACAGUGGGCAGGCCAGUGGUGGGCACUACUAUUCUUACAUCAUCCAAAGAAAUGGUGGAGAUGGUGAAAAGAACCGUUGGUAUAAAUUUGAUGAUGGAGAUGUAACAGAAUGCAAAAUGGAUGAUGAUGAAGAAAUGAAAAAUCAGUGCUUUGGUGGAGAAUACAUGGGGGAAGUGUUUGACCACAUGAUGAAGCGGAUGUCCUACAGGCGACAAAAGAGGUGGUGGAAUGCCUACAUUCUCUUUUAUGAACGUAUGGAUACUCUAGACAAAGACAAUGAAAUGGUGAAAUACAUCUCUGAACUAGCAAUCACCUCUAAACCUCAUCAAAUCAAGAUGUCAUCAGCCAUUGAACGUAGUGUUCGUAAGCAAAAUGUGCAGUUCAUGCACAACAGGAUGCAAUACAGCUUAGAAUAUUUUCAGUUUAUAAAGAAGUUGCUAACCUGUAACAGCAUCUACCUAAAUCCCCCUCCAGGACAAGAUCAUCUGUUGCCUGAGCCAGAAGAAAUAACUAUGAUUAGUAUACAGCUUGCUGCUAAAUUCUUGUUCACCUCAGGAUUUCACACAAAGAAAGUUGUCCGUGGUCCAGCCAGUGACUGGUAUGAUGCUCUUUGUAUCCUUCUUCGGCAUAGUAAGAAUGUACGCUUUUGGUUUGCACACGGCGUUCUUUUUGCUUAUCCUAACCGAUUCUCAGAAUAUCUGUUGGAAUGCCCCAGUGCUGAAGUAAGGGGUGCUUUUGCAAAGCUUAUAGUAUUUAUUGCACAUUUUUCUCUACAAGAUGGACCCUGUACCUUACCCUUUGCAUCACCUGGACCUUCAAGUCAGGCUUAUGAUAACUUGAGUCUGAGUGAUCAGCUACUAAGAGCAGUGCUGAAUCUUCUGCGCAGAGAAGUAUCAGAGCAUGGUCGACACUUGCAGCAAUACUUUAACCUGUUUGUCAUGUAUGCCAACCUUGGCAUGCAAGAAAAGACCCAGCUCUUAAAACUCAAUGUGCCUGCAACUUUCAUGUUAGUAGCAAUGGAUGAAGGCCCCGGUCCUCCAAUUAAAUACCAGUAUGCUGAAUUGGGCAAAUUGUACACUGUAGUGUCACAACUAAUCCGGUGUUGCGAUGUAUCAUCGCGUUUGCAGUCUUCUAUUAAUGGUAACCCACCACUUUCCAACCCCUAUGGAGAUCCUAAUUUAUCUCAGCCUAUUAUGCCACUCCAGCAGAAUGUGGCAGAGCUACUGUUUGUAAAAACCAGUUACGUGAAGAAAAUUAUUGAGGACUGCAGCAAUUCAGAAGAAACCAUCAAGCUCCUUCGAUUUUGUUGCUGGGAAAACCCACAGUUUUCAUCUACUGUUCUGAGUGAACUGCUUUGGCAGGUGGCAUAUUCAUACACAUAUGAACUUAGGCCCUACUUGGAUCUCUUGCUACAGAUUUUAUUGAUUGAGGACUCUUGGCAAACCCAUAGGAUUCACAACGCACUUAAAGGAAUACCGGAUGACAGAGAUGGCCUGUUUGAUACCAUCCAGCGCUCCAAGAACCACUAUCAGAAAAGAGCUUAUCAAUGUAUAAAGUGUAUGGUAGCACUCUUUAGCAACUGUUCUGUUGCUUACCAAAUACUGCAGAGUAAUGGUGAUUUGAAAAGGAAAUGGACCUGGGCAGUAGAGUGGUUAGGGGAUGAAUUGGAACGAAGGCCAUAUACAGGCAAUCCUCAGUACACUUACAACAAUUGGUCUCCGCCUGUUCAAAGCAAUGAAACCUCAAAUGGCUACUUUUUAGAGAGAUCACACAGUGCCAGAAUGACUCUUGCAAAAGCUUGUGAGCUCUGCCCAGAAGAGGAGGCAGAUGAACAAGAUGCCCCCGAGGAACAUGAAUCCUCUCCCCCGGAAGAUGCCCCAUUAUAUCCCCAUUCUCCUGGCUCCCAGUAUCAGCAGAAUAACCAGUUGCAUGGACAACCAUAUACAGGCCCAGCAGCACAUCAUAUGAACAAUCCUCAGAGGACUGGCCAACGAGCACAAGAAGACCUUGAAGGCAGUGAAGAAGUUCCCCUGAUUCAAACAAAAGAUUAGAAUAUUAUACAUAAUCAUUUUACUUUACUCUACCAAGACUGUGCACCCAGGCCUUACAGUCCAACCUUUCUUUUGUGUCUGGCUAAUAUUAAAACUAGAAAAAGGAAAAAAAAACUAUUCCUAAUUAACUUGGAGUGGAGAGUCUAUUCACUGUCUUAUCUGCAGAAACUUGCUGUUGAUAUAUAACCCGCCUGCAGUGGAAAGUGUAUAGUGUUUUGUAAUAAACAGCCUGAUGCUAAUGUGUAAAUGGCAAAGGUGUACAUAGUAUAUUAAUGUUUGACUGUUAAUUCCUAAGCAAAUUCCCCCUUUUAAUUUUUUUUUUUUAUUACUAUUAUUUUGGGACUUGACGAUAUUCACAGAUUUUCAAAAAGAAGAAAAUAGCAAAAUCAAGAAAAGUCAGAAAACUUGUUUCAGCUCAUCGCAAGUUUUUCUGCCAAGUGGCAGCUGGAUUGAAAAAGAGAAACAGACACUUUCCACUUCAACCACAGAAAUAGUUUAUCUUUACCACGGAGUAGUUUUCAUUUAGAGCUACUCAAAGGCUGAUUUUUUUUUUUUUUGGUUGACGUGGGCAAGUGGUGAUGUUACACAUUGUUUCUAGACUUCCUUUCAUUGCCUUCUUCAUAACUGACAUUAGGUUUUACAUCUUGAAAUUCUUGUUAUGCUGUAACAUAUAGCAUGGCUUCACACCAAGUUAGUGUAGCCAGACAUAGGGGAUUAGGGAGGGUUGGUGAGGAUGAUAUGCCAUGUUGUUUGACCAACAGUUGCACUGUUUAGUUUGUUCCCCACCCCUGUUGUUGUGAUUUGUUUGGGUUUUUUUCCCCCCUUUGGCUUUUUCCUUUUGUUAUACCUUGGCUUUGAAAUGGGAGAGUGAAAAACUUUGAGUUGCACAGUUGCCCAUUCCUAAUAUUUUAAAGAAUCACUUGAGGGCUGGAUACACAUUGGUUUCACAAAUUUAAUAGGAGGUGAAAAAUGAUAUAGCAAAACAAAUAUGCAAACAUAAGCUAUGCCAGGAUCCCUUGUGCAUAGUACAGAAGGUAUUUAAUGCGCUUGUUUUGUUUUUGUAAAGACUAUUACAAAACAUGUCCAGUACUUUUUCAUUCUUCUUGAAAUGGAGGCCUAGGACAUAUUUUACUUGUGAAUGCCACUGCCUGGGUAAAAUCAGAUCCAUAAAACAAUUCUACUCAAAAUUAGAGUUGUCUUGUAGCCCUUGCUCCAUUCUGUAAGAAAUAUUUAACAUAAGGAAGGGUCUGCAUAUAAUAGAAACUACUGGUUAGUCCACUGCAGUUUUGAGGCAUCGUGAUUCCAGGAUUAAAAAAAAAGUUUUACAAAUUUCAGCAUCAGUAAAUACUGUAUUUAAAAGAGAAUUGGUAACUUGAAUGUGUGGGUUUUUUGUUUUUUUUUUUGAAACCUGUCUAAAAACCAAAUACCCCUGCAAAACAGCCCACCCUAUAAUAUUUAAAUAUUUUGCUGUUUUAUUUUAUAGAAAUUAUUUUGCUGAAUUCACAAAUAGAAUUUGAUUUAAGAAGAAAA